AAAACAUUCCCUUCUAAAAUACUUCUUCCUGCCAGAGACCAUUAUACCCAAAAUCUCCCACACAAAUGGCGGCUUCUACUCCUACUGCACCUACCAUUAAUUUAGAGAGAGAAAAACCCCUCCAUGAAGAACUCGCUCUUCCAAUUCUACUCACCGAUCGAAUUAUCAAAUCGGUCGGUGAAGCGGAGUCAUCUCGCACCGAGUGCGCGGAAAUCGCUCGACAAGUAGAAGAACUUUCACAGAAACUUCGUGCAGCGGUUCGAUUAACUUCAAAUUCAUCUUUAAUUUAUGAUCGUCCGAUUCGAAGAAUCACUGCUGAUGUAACGAAGAAUCUAGAACGAGCUCUAACCCUAGUUCGAAAGUGCAAGCAUUCUGGUCUUCUUCGCCACGUUUUUCUCACCAUCACUUCUUCUGCUGCUGAUUUCAAGAAGGUUUCGAAUCUUUUACAGUCUUCUAUUGCCGAUUUCCGUUGGCUUUUAUCGAUAUAUAAUGAUGACGAAGGCGGUGCUAAUUAUGCUCUUCCCCCGAUUGUAAAUAAUGAUCCGAUUUUCGCUUGGGUAUGGUCAUCAAUUGCAUCGUUACAAACGAACCGUCAGUUGAAAGAUCGAAUUGAUUCGGCGAAUAGUCUAUGUUCGUUAGCGAGUGAUAAGAGGUUUAGGAAGGUGAUUGUUGAAGAAGGUGCGGUUCCUCCAUUGUUGAAGCUUUUGAAGGAUGGUGGAGGUUCAAUUGAAGGUCAAAUUGCAGCCGCAACUGCAUUGUUAUGGCUUGUGGAUGAAAAAGAAUGGACAAGAAUCGUUUCUCUAGAAGGUGGAGUGCCGAUUAUGGUGCAGGUGCUUAGUGAAGCGUGUAUGAGUGUUCAGGUUGUGGUGGCGGAAUUGGUAGCGAAAGUGGCAGAGAUAGAUUCGCUUGCAAGGGAGGAGUUUGGGAAAGAUAAUGUGCUCAAACCUUUGAUUUCGUGCUUGAUUGUGGACGUGGAUAUGGAAGAAUACAAACGAUUUCAUGGCAGUGGAGGUAAGACUAGUAUUCAUUCUAUUGUUCAGAAGGAAUUAGCUGCUAAGAAUCAUGUAAAUUAUAGUAAUCAUGCUGGUAAUAGUUAUCAUAAGGUGCAUUCAAGUUCAUCUUUGAAUUAUAGUAGGAAAGAUAGAGUGAACGAGUCCCCUGACGUUAAGCUUAAGCUUAAAACUAAAUGCGCAUUAGCUUUAUGGAGAUUGUGUGAAGGGAGUGUGACGAAUAGUCAGAAGGUUGCUGAGCCGAAAGGAUUGUUUUGUUUGUCGAAAAUUAUCGAAACUGAAAGAGGGGAAUUGCAAUAUAAUUGUUUGAUGACGAUUAUGGAGGUUGCUAAAGUUGCUGAGGCAAAUGCCGACCUUAGGAAAGUAGCUUGGAAACCAAGUUCCCCGCCUGCUAAGGCGGUUUUAGAUCAGCUUUUAAGAGUGAUUAAGGAAGAGAGUAACAAGGAUUUUCAAAUUCCGGCAAUUAGAGCAAUUGGGUGUUUAGCAAGGAUUUUCGCUGCUAAGGAAACAGGGAUUGUUAGUUCAAUUGUCAGUCAACUUGGGAAUAAGGAUAUUAGUGUUGCCACUGAAGCUGCAGUUGCCUUGGCUAAGUUUGCUUGCCCUGAUAACCAUAAUUGUGUUGCGCACUCGAAGACAAUAAUUGAGUUUAAUGGUGUCCCUCCUUUGAUGAAAUUGUUAAGUGCUAGUGAUCCUGCUAGGAAACAUGGGCUUGUUUUGCUUUGUUACCUGUCCACGCAUGUUGGCAAUAGCAAGGAGCUUGCGGAUGCUAGGGCUUUGAGAACACUCGAGAGUGCAGUUCGUUCUGGAAUGGCCCAAAAUGCUGAUAUGAGAGAUAUUUUCUCUAGAGCUGUGCAUUGUCUCAUGUUGUUUCAAGAUGGGAACCUUUCUCACAAUAAUGCUUUAGCCAUGGUUUGAACUUCAAAGGGCUAAUGAUUGGUUCCUCGAUGCUUGCCAUCCGUAGAUUGAAGCCCUGCCUUGUAUAUUGUAGUUGUUAUAUGUUCGAAAUGUGAUUGUGAAUCAUUGUAGUAUAAUUUUACAUUCUCAAUCUUGGAUGGAAAAUUGUAGUGAAUUUGCGGAUAUCUGCUGGAAGAGUUGAAGCAUAGAGCAGAUCCAACCUUUGAUUUCUGAAAAUUUUUCUAGAGCUUCUCAGUGAUGUCUAUGUUUCAUAGAAUUCCAUAUGGAUGCCUUAGUUCCUGUUUUGCUGCUAAUAGCAUACAUCUUUGCUUUUCCAAGAUAUUCUGUAUUCAUUCGAACUCCCUUGCAUUCUAGCUAAGCCUAAUAAUUGUUGCUUU